GACGCCGGGAGAAUUGUGUACAUGACAUGUCGCCUCUCCGGAGAGUCUCCGAAAAAUUCAAUAGUCAAGUGAGAUGUUGUAUUGUUGUACCAGUGAUAAUACCAGUGACAACAAACGAUGGAAACUGUUGGAAUUUCUUGUUUACGUAUUUUACGUAAAUAAAUAAGAGACUCGGAACAUAUGCAAGCCGUGAUUGUUCGAUAAGUGACGAUAUCGCGCAACAUCUAAUAAUUUUUGCGUGACACGCUCGUAUCUUGCCAAUUUUGUCGAUCAAGGUUGCUGCUGUAUAUGUACCUCGAUACGUAGAAAGCAAAGUUUACUUUCUUUUUUUACAUGGCUCCUGAGAAAAGAUUAAUCAUACUUUUUGCAUAUUGCAUUCCUCUAAAGGAAAAUUAACAAUUGAUCUAUCAUAUUCAUCUCUCUUGUAAAUGACAAAUCGCUAAUGUUUUGACAGUCAAAACUUUUUGACUGUAGCGAGGAAGAAUUUGAUGAAAGGAUAAGAACAGUACUAAUAUAGAAUAUGAGCUCGCAUCACCACUUGAAUUCGUCGUCCGGUGAAAUAGAUCACGUUCAUUUCGUCUCCGAGGAUAUCGGAGCUUUGUAUCUUUCCGAGGAAUAUUCGGAUGUAACGAUAGUGGUGGCUGGUCAUAAAUUUUACAGCCACAAACUCAUUCUUGCCGCGCGUAGCGAAUAUUUUCGGGCACUGCUGUUUGGUGGUAUGAAAGAAUCUACGCAAAGUGAAAUAGAAGUGAAUGCCUCUUCGUUGCCUGCAUUUAAAAAUUUGCUCAAGUAUAUAUACACUGGACGUAUGUCUCUCGCUAACGAACGCGACGAGACAAUACUCGAUAUUCUCGCAUUAGCACAUUUGUACGGAUUUGUGGAUCUUGAAGCUGCUAUAUCCGAUUAUCUCAGAGAAAUAUUAAACAUAAAGAAUAUAUGUUCAAUUUUAGACACUGCACUUUUGUAUCAGUUGAAAUUUCUAACUAAUGUUUGUUUAGAAUACAUGGAUAAACAUGCAUCUGAAAUUCUUCAGCAUGAGAGUUUUCUACAAUUGAGCCCAACAGCUUUAAGUGAAUUAAUCUCCAGGGAUUCAUUCUAUGCACCAGAGUUAGACAUUUUUUUAGCUGUAGAUUCAUGGGUUAAAGCCAAUCCCGAAGUUAAUAACAGGGAAGUUAUAGCUCAAUUAAGAUUGAGUCUGAUUUCAAAAGUUGACCUUGUGACUGUCGUAAGAAAAAGCACAUUUAUAACAGAUACAGAUAUUGUAAACGCAGUUUACGUACAGCUACUAGGAAAACAAUCAGAACUACCUUAUCGUGGUCGUUUGCUCAUCGACGAAAAUGUUGCUCAUCCUAUGCAUGGUGCCCAAGUGUUACAAGGGGAAAUGCGUAGCUAUCUACUUAAUGGAGAUACUAAAAACUAUGAUAUGGAGCGUGGUUAUACGAGGCAUACAAUAACCGACACGCAAGAACAUGGGAUUCUAAUAAAGUUGGGAACACAAUAUAUCAUAAAUCAUGUGAAAAUGUUAUUAUGGGAUCGAGACAUGCGCUCCUAUUCUUAUUUCAUAGAGGGAUCUGUGGAUCAAAAUGAAUGGGUCAAGCUUGUCGAUUAUACAGAGUAUUUUUGUCGCAGUUGGCAGUAUUUAUAUUUUCCACCAAGAGUAGUUCUUUAUAUUCGUAUUGUAGGAACAAAUAAUACAGUUAACAAGGUUUUUCAUGUUGUCCAUUUUGAAGCACAUUAUACAAAUCAUACAGAGCAACUUUCCAAAGGUUUUAUUGUACCAACACAAAAUAUUGCUGUUACAGAAAAAAGUGCAUCUGUUAUUGAAGGUGUAAGCAGGGUACGUAAUAAUUUACUGAAUGGAGAUACAACUAAUUAUGAUUGGGAUAGUGGUUAUACAUGUCAUCAACUUGGCUCUGGAUCUAUUUUAGUGCAAUUAGGCCAACCAUAUAUGAUCGAUUCUAUGCGAUUUUUACUUUGGGAUUGCGAUAAUCGCUCCUAUUCAUACACUGUAGAAGUAUCGGGCAAUUCCUGGAGCUGGGUAAUGGUCGCUGAUAAAAGAAAGGAGUUGUGCCGAUCUUGGCAAAUAAUACACUUUUAUCCACCCCGUCCAGUAGUUUUUAUACGUAUAGUGGGAACUCACAAUACUGCAAACGAGGUGUUUCAUUGUGUUCAUUUUGAAUGCCCAGCGCAAUUUGAUGAUAAAUCUCCAAAAUCGCCAACACAACGAGGGCAUUCGUCAACAUCGUCGAAUGGUAACAAUCCUUUACCUCCUCCACCUCCCGAAGUAGCUACGGAAGCAGUUCAUAUCGAUAGCGAUGAAUAACUAAAGUAAAAAGUAAAUAAUGUAAUAGCGAAAAACACUCUAUUGAUGAUUAUAAUGAUAGUUGCCGCUCUUGUUCUUUGAGCUAGAAUUUGGAUGACUCAUCAAAUGACCUCGAUACAACUUUUAAGACUGUUCAAUAAUAAUUAAAUGUCGGAUCAUAAUUAAUCAUCUUGUUCUUUGUUUAAAAAUUAUAUUUCUAUUUUUCUUAUCAUCAUUCUUUGAUGAUUCUCUUUAGAUGUAAGUAUACACGCGUGGCAAUUGCCAAUUUCAUAAUCACAAAGAUAUAUAAAUUAGUCAUAUUUUAUACAGAUAUUAGAUAAAAUUUUAUAACGCUAUGAUAGAUUUUUUAUUUUGAUUCUUAUGUAAAGUUUUAUUUUUUUACAAAAAAAUAGUUGUAAUAUUUAAAAAUAUAUUGUUAUUGAAUGUAUAAUAUGUUUUUGUUUGUUUUGAAAAUAUUAAAUUAAUACUACAUGUGAUUUCAUGUUUUUUAAAAAUAUUGUUUCAAUUAUUAAUUAUACUUGCAAACUAUAUUGUAGAAUUAUAUUCUUUAUUUUAUAUAAUCUCUUUUUUUCUUAUUCAAAUUCUUGAUUUUAAUUAUAAAGAUAUGUAAAUAUAAUUGAAUAUGUUAUAAUAAUUAUAAUAUUAUAAUUCUCAUAUAUAUACAGGAUAUCCGGGAUCAAUCGCAUCAUCUGUCGUGUGCAAAUAGAGCGGGUUAAACCGAAUAAAAAAGUAUUAUUUUGCGAUUUUCAUUAAUUAUUAAGAAAUUAAUUAAAAAAGAUCGAUCAAUUCGCGCAAGUGUAAACAUGCAGCGAGAAGAGACAACCCAAAAAUUUGCGGUUGCUAAACAGGCGACGAAUUUUUAGUAGAAGCGCUCUAUAAAUGACAAUGGUUACGUUACAAGAGGUACAUAACGCUGAAUUCUUGUGUUCUAAAGUUCUAGCAAGCACAUAUAUAAUGGAUCGUCCUUUCUUGUUGCACACUAGUACUCACACGCAUUAGCUGAUCUCUAAUUAAUUUCUCAAAAAUUAUUGCAAAAAUCAUAAAAUGGAACUUUUCUCCUGCUCUACCUGUAUACAACAGAUGAUGUGAUUGACUCCAGACACUAUGUAUAAUAUAUAUACAAUAUGUAUAUAUGUCUAGCCACCAAUUCUUUACAAUAUAAGGUGCUAUAAUUAUUUUUUUUCCACACAAAUUUAUAUUUAUUUUAUAAUUUAACUUAUUUUUUUUUAGUAUGUAAUAUAUAUUUAUUAAAUAUAUUAAUUUAUUAAAUUAUUUACGACAUGCUGAAAUCACAAAAAGAUUGUUAUAUCAAUUGAAUAUAUGUAUAUGUAUAAUCGAUUACAAUAUUUAAAUAAAGCUGUGAAUUUUAUAUUUUCUAAAUUAUGAAUGAAAGAGACUUUCCUACUCUCAAAAGACGAAUGAAUAUUAGAUGUGAUUGAAAAUUGGUAACUGCCACACAAAUUGUUGUGUAUAGAAAAUAUGUAUUUUUAAGUUAUGUAAUUUUAUGUUACCAAAUUUUAUAAGCACAUGAUUACCUAUAAUAUCGACACUCUGUUAAUAUAUGAUGGUGUCUGGUUUUUCAGUAUUUCUCAUUGUAAUCUUUUUGUUAGAUAUUUUUACUGUGUAUUUAAUCUUGUGUAUAUAUCAUACAAAACAUUAUUUUUCUAGUCUACAUAUGUUUAAUGUAAUAUGUCUCAAGAGAAUUCGAAUGUAUAAUAAAUUAUAUGCAGUUU